UCCAAACGCAUCGGCAUGCUUGGAUGGUGGAAAUUGUAAAAAGCGAAAUCACAUUAACGAGGUGCCUGAUUGUUAGAAGGGCUAAAGCCGGGCGCGACCUUACCGAUAUUCUAUACCAAAGAGAGAAAACUUGAUAACAAACAGAAGCGUCGCACCCGUACAAAAUUGUACGAUAUUUUACGGGAAAUUUUUAUUUGGGGUGAUAAAAAGUGCGAAUAAUGGGUGAAAGUUUGGUGAACCGUGUGGGAUCAAACCUGGGAUCGAAGUUUUACUUCACUAACGAUUCUUGGCUGAGAGAGUGCAUCGAGUAUUAUACGUCGGAGAACAGAGACGCAAGCCUAAGUGCCGUUGAAGCUUUUGUCAUCUCGCAGUGGCUGCUCAGUGACUUGCGCGAGAUAAAUAACGAGAAGGGAUGUCUUCCCUGUGGAAUUACACAGCAAGCCGUCACUGUGCUUCCUGGAAGAUACAUACUCCAGGUUGACAAGAUGUAUGACAUAUCGCAGUCUAAAUACAGCCAGCUACAAAAAAUUAGGAACGUCUCUGAAGUCAACAUCAAGGCAACCGCGGUCGAAACACCGGCUUGGGAGCCAAAGGGCAAGAGGAUGAUGCAAAUGUUCCUCAAUGAUGGAGUUCAAGAUGUCAUUGCGAUUGAGUACAAGCUUAUCAAGACAUUGAAGGAUACACUGCUCCCGGGGUUUAAGGUCAUGAUAAUAGGUCCUGUCACAUGUAGGAAGGGAGUGAUGCUACUCGAAGAAAAAAAUUUCAAGGAAUUAGGGGGCGAGGUUGAUUCCAUCCUAAAAAUGAACGCUUUGGAAAACGUUUUAGCCAGAGCUGUGGGUAUGGAGGAGAAUGAAAAUCCAUACGACGAUGAGCACCGACAACCUAACUCAGGGGAAACUGCGAUCGAAUUUCCAGAGGACGAGUUUGACGUAAACUUUGAUGAAAUAAGCCAGAUCGAACAGCUCAGCAUGGAAAGCCGCGAAUCGCCGGUAAAUCCGGAGACCGCGUCUAAUCGCGGAAAAAUAAACGGCAACAACAUGCCCAGAAGGGUGGAAAACCCUAAUACAAACUCGGGGAAUACCGAAAUGUUGCGCUCGAUCGCCGAUAAUCAGCCAAGUCCCGCUUCUGAGCGUCACAAGAACAAUCAGGAUGAUUUCAAAAUCGCGUCCAGGUCACAGCUGAAACCGUUAAUUGCCGAUCCUAACAAUUUUCAAUUGUCAGACAACGAUUUUCCCCUGGACGAACCCUUCGACUUAGCUGACUUCGAAGAUGAGCUGGACGAAGAUGUCCUUAAAGGUAACAAACAGGUAGACAACGGGGUCGGAAAUGAUUCUCUGAAGAACAUUGACUUGCCAAAGCUACCGUCCGGCACAAGUAUGGCCGCUAUUACGAAGAAAAGUCCGACACUAUCCACGGGUAAACGAUCUGCGGACAGCUUGUCACCGGUGCGAUCUUCCCCAAAAAUAGCGUGCCGGCAAACAACGCCGAAUGUGAGUAAAACGAAUCGAAAGAUAACAGAAUACACGGAGAAAAUAGCACCUAAAGAAAAUCUGCCAGAUAAAAUAUGCGACUUUAUUUGCAACGUAAUGAGAGAGCCCGUAAAAGAUAUCCCCAUUUUCAAGACAGUCAGGGGAAAAGUAAUGCAACUCGGAAAUUUGUCGAAAAAAGAUAACAAUUGGAACCUGAAAGCAACGAUAACUGACAAUACCGCAAGCCUCGAGAUAAUUUUCGCGUCUCAGGUUCUUGAGGAUUUGAUAGGAUUUACGGUACCCGAAUUUUUGGAGAAGAGAAAACUUCGGAAGACCAAUCCCGAAGUGGAUGAAUAUUUGAGGAAGUGCUUUCGCACAGCAGAGAAGAAAGUGCAACUAAUGGACGCUCUAAUGGAGCUGGAAUUCUCCAAUAAUAACAAACAUCCCAGGGUCGUUAGUACGCAAGAGCUUACCGAUGAAAAAAAACGGCUUAUGGAAAAAAGAGUACAAAUGAUGACCGUUUAACACACUAGGACUCAAUUAUAAUUUGUAAAUCUGAAAUGAAGCUGGGAUUCUCUAAUAACAACAAAUAUCUUGAGGUCAUCAGUACGCGAGAGAUUACCGAUGAAAAAAACGACUUAUCGAAAAAAGAGUACAAAUGAUGACCGUUGACCACGCUAGGGCUCAAUCAUAAUAUACAAAUCUGUAAUAAUAUUUAUAACGUAAGAGAUCAGUAUCCUAUACCCUUCAUUGUAAUGUUUUUGAAUAUUUUCGUUCCAUACUGUUGUGAUAUUAUUAUUAUCGAGUUUGUCUAAUUUUAAGUAACUAAUAAAACGAUAAAAUACACGUUCGAUCUAAA